AUGACGAAAUCGCACAAAUGUCACGGUUGCAGCGGAAACCUAAACUGGUUUCCAAUUCCACCAUGCGCUAACAAAUUAUCAAGAGAAAAGAAGGUCCGAGUUGAAGGAUAUGUGGAUGAAGUUGUUCCACGCUACAGUCUGGAUGAUUUUAGAAUGUUUUUCAGAAUGUCCAGGCCUACUUUUGAAUUGAUAGCUAGACAAGUUGGGACAUUCCUACAAGAGUACCAGGUAGUUCGUUCUUCUGGUCGGAGUCCAAUUACAGUUGAAACCCAUUUAAUGAUAUUUCUCUGGUAUGUUGGGAGUCUAGAGCCAUUGUGCCGAAUUGCAGAUCGGUUUAAUGUGACUCAAUUUUCAGUACUUAACAUUCGCAAAAGAAUAUGUAAAGUAUUUCUUAAACAUUUGAAGUUAAAGUAUAUAGUCUGGCCCACAGGACAGGAGCGACUACAUGUGGUCAAUGUCUUUCAAGAGAAAAAAGACUUUCCUGAUAUAGCUGGAGCCAUUGAUAGCACCCAUAUUCAGAUCAAACCUCCUAAAGAGCACCCUCAAACAUACGUGAACAGAAAGGGCUACCAUUCGAUAAACCUUCAGUGUGUUUGUCGUGAGGACAUGAGAUAUAUUCACUGUUUUGCAGGAUGGCCUGGCAGUUGUCAUGAUUCUCGUGUUUUAAAAAACUCUGACCUAUGA